AGAAAUGUCGUCACAAAAUUACACAUGUGUAGAAUUUUGCAUAUAACUGAGAUUAUUCCGUAAGUUGUCCUGUGAUAAGAUAAAAUAGUGUUGCGUCCUUAUCGAGAAACCAUCAUGUGUCGUGAUUUGUUUUGAUGUGUGUGUGAUAAGAGUUCGUGAUCUCGUAUCGUUACACCCCUCGGAGGUCUAAGAGGUCGAUCGGAUUAAUUGAUUUUGUCGGAUUCUGGCUGCAUUUUCGCGAUGAUUAUGAAACAGGAAGAAAUUAGAUGAACCGUAAGAAUUGCGAGUCUGGUGUUGGUGUUGUCCUCUCCGGUAGAUCCUCGCAAUGGACGGCGUCGGCGGGCGAAGACGCAUCGCGGCCAAGUCGUCUGCGGAGGACCAGGCGCUCGAUCAGAUCGCCAAAGAGGCGGAGGCACGUCUGUGGGCCAAACGGCAGGCCAGAGCUGAGGCGAGGGAGAUACGUAUGCGCGAGCUGGAGAGGCAACAGAAGGAGCAAGAGGAGAAUGCCGACAGACAAUUCGACAUGCUGUCCGAGCCGAUGGCGAGGACGGCGAGGGCGGCCGGGGGCGGCAGCAGGUACCUGUCGAGCAGGAGGAGCUCGGAGGACUCGCUGGAGGACGGGGGCAGUCUCAGGGAUUUGCGGAACGAACUGAAAGAGUACGAGGACAAAUUCCGCAAGGCGAUGAUCGCCAACGCCCAACUCGACAACGACAAAACCUCUCUAACAUAUCAGCUGGAAUUAUUCAAAGAUCGGAUAGAGGAGCUCGAAGAGGAGCACUCCCAGUUGAAGAGAGAGCACCGCGAGAAGUGCCGCGAACACGACCAGAUGAAGCGGCUGUGCGCGAAAAUGAAGGACGACUUGGCUGUGACCAGAGCCGAACUCGAGGAGCGGGAUCAGCUGAUCAGUGAGAAGGGCCUGGUGAUCGUCGGCGAGGAAUCAAUCAACGAAGAGGAACAAAGAAACGGCGACACCAGCCUCAAUAGUAUAGGUACCCCCAAGAAGGCCUUAGUUAGUGUAGAAAAUGCCCAGUUGCUGGAGAGCGCGGGCGAGGGCAGCCUCGACGUGCGGCUCGCUAAAUUCAUGAAAGAAAAAAGCGAACUACAGGAUCAGAUUAGCCAUUUAAAAUUAGAAUUAGAGGAAGAGAGGAGCAAGAGGAAAAAGUCGAAUUCGGUGGGCACGUUGAACGGGCCGGCGUCCGACCAAGAUCUAGACGAACUAGACAUACAAAGGUUUUCAGGAGAGGCUAGCAAACAACUCGGCGACUAUAAAUUUCGGGCUCAGAAGGCUGAACAAGACGUCGCUACGCUCCAAGCCACGGUUGCGAGGCUAGAAAGUCAGGUGAUUAGGUAUAAGGCGGCGGCCGAGGUUUCCGAAAAAGCCGAGGAGGCGCUCAAAGCAGAGAAGCGAAAGUUGCAGAGAGAGGCACGCGAGGCUUUGAGCAGAGCAGAGGAGUUGGAGACGUCAAAUACGCACUUAUUAAAACGGUUAGAUAAGCUGAAGAACGCGAAGUCGGCGUUGCUGAAGGAACUUUGACAAUCGCCGAGUAAUUAGUGAUGGGAAACAUUAAAAAAUUCCUCUUUCAGGUUAGUGCGUGACAAACACGGAACGAGUGCAGUGAACACGAAGAGUAAUCCUUUGAAAAAGUUAUUCUAAUUUAUUUUAAUGUUUUAACAAUUUUAACAAAUUUUAACUGAAAAUGUUUAGAUCCAUGGUCAUUUUAAAGUGAAACUUGUUGUUAUUUAUUUGUUUGAUCGUGUAAAUCUGUUUGUCAAAUUAUUUUGUAUUUAUUUAGUAGAGAGUAAGUUCCCCAUUGUUUUUUAUUUUGUAUAUAGGUGUGUAAAAAUUAUCUCAGGAGCAUUAUAAUCCGUACCAUUUGCUUGCGAAAUUGCAAUAUAAUUUACCAGCAGACUUGCUUCUACCAGGUGAUACUAAUACUUAAUAUCUAGCUAAAAGUAAAACUUAGCUCAAUUUAUACAAAAGUUUAGAAAUAGUGGACGCUAUAUAACAUUUAGCUCUCUGGAAUCAAGCUCAACAAGUUGGUGAUAUUUUCGAAACACAAACUUGACGUGGAGCGCAUCAAACAGAGCCAUAAAGUCUUAAAACUUGUGAUUUAUAUUAAUUCUGCUCUAACUUAACCUGACGUGUAACAUGAAUUUGUACAUAUGAAAUAUGUGAUUUUUGUGUAUAUUCUUUUGGUAAAAGGUAUUUCAAGAAAUAAACUAAUUUAUAAAAUG